AUGGAGUCUGUGUCACCGGAUGCCAUUGUGGCCUGCUCGUGGGCGCUGGCACCACCGGCGCUACUACUGGCCGCGCUCAACUUCCCCUCGUUGUUCUACAGGAACCAACUGAGCCGAGGUUCGACCCUUGUCGCCAUCGCGGCCAGCUCUGCGAGCGUUAUCACGGGGCUUAAGAUCGAGAACCCGUCAGUUGCUUUUAUGACUGGCCUCCUUGAAUGCUGGAUCGUCAUAUGGGCGUCAGUCUUGCUGCUCCGCUUCAACCCACCGGCCGACUUUGCCCGCCUUCGCUAUACCAAAGCACCACGAAAUCUCUCGGAAUUCGAACAAGACGGUAAAGUCUGGCAGCGAUUUCCAGAGACCAUCUCUCUGGCGAGACUGUCUUGGACAGCAGACUUGCUCAUCAGCUUCCGUCGCGCGGGCUGGUCGUUCGAGCACGGUCCAAGCGGAGCGGAGAAGAAACCAGAGAAAAGCCCAAAGGCACGCAAGGAGUGGCCACCGGUCGGCGUACUGCCCGCCGUUGUCAAGGUUCUGCUCGAUUAUCUCACAAUCCAGGGCGUCAACUGGACUUCACCGCGUCUCGAGCACAAGAUCGAUUCGCCCCAGCUGCUGCAAGCUUUGCACGUCGGCACUUGGAUUCUGGCGAGCAUUCCAUUCAUUAACUUCUGUCAUUCCUGCUGGAUGGUUCUUGGCGAGCUUGGCCAAUGGCUGUCUCCAUCGGACAUAUACGUAAGUCUGGACUACAAUCCCAGUCCUUGGGGUCCAGUGGGAGCUGUCAUCGAAUAUGGUCUUGCCGGUCUGUGGGGAGUGACAUGGCACAACUACUUCAAGUUUGGAUUCCAGUCUGCCUCAGAUCUGGUGUUUCCGCGCUCAACAAACCCGAAGACCAAAGCCAUUCUUCGCCUGGCCAGGGUGUUCUGGAGCUUCUUCCUCUCGGGCGUGAUCCAUUUCUGCGGGUCGUACAUGCUGCCGGGCCCAACUCAGCCGCUGAAGGAACUGGCUUUUUUCCUGCUGCAAGGAGUUGCCGUCGCGCUGCAGGUCUCGUUCUUUGAUCGAAUGGUUAAUCAGCAAUGGCGGCGGGUCUUGAACCCUAUCCUGGUCUGCGCGUGGUUGUACUUCACGGGCCCGUUAAUCAGCGAAGACCAAAGGGCCGGUGGAAUGUGGAGUAGUACCGAGACGGUGGAUGCGGUGCAAUGA